AUGGUGAACAUUCCCAAGACGCGUAUGACCUACUGCAAGGGCAAGGAGUGCCGCAAGCACACCCAGCACAAGGUCACCCAGUACAAGGCCGGCAAGGCCUCGCUGUUCGCGCAGGGAAAGAGACGUUACGACCGAAAGCAGUCCGGUUACGGUGGUCAGACCAAGCCUGUCUUCCACAAGAAGGCUAAGACCACCAAGAAGGUUGUCCUGCGGUUGGAGUGCGUCAAGUGCAAGACCAAGCUUCAGCUCGCCCUGAAGCGCUGCAAGCACUUCGAGUUGGGUGGUGACAAGAAGACCAAGGGUGCUGCCCUCGUUUUCUAA